GCUGUGGUGACAACUGGCAGUAAGAGGACGCUGCAUAUGCACACAGAGAGGAUGGACAUGGAGAGAAAGGACUCUGCUGGUCUCCUGCCCGGAGAAGACUCCUUCUAUUACUUUGCCUAUGGAAGCAACUUGCUGAAAGAGAGGAUCCUGCUGGACAACCCUUCUGCUUCAUUCCACAGCAUUGCUUUGCUCAAGGACUUCAGGCUUGCAUUUGGAAGCCACAAAGGUGCUUGGAACUCUAGGUGGCAUGGCGGAGUGGCUACAGUGGUGGAGAGCCAGGGAGAUGAGGUCUGGGGAGUGGUAUGGAGGAUGGACAUCUCCAGCUUGGACUCCUUAGACAUCCAGGAAGGGGUUAAUGGGGGUGUGUAUCAACCAAUAGAGAUCGGUGUCCAAACACCAGAUGGAGAGCUUGUUUGCCGAUGUUAUCAGAUGAAUCAGUGUGUUUAUGGGCCGACGUCUCCUCAGUACAAGCAGGUCUUGUGCAUGGGAGCAAAGCAGAAUGAUUUACCACUUCAAUAUCAGAAGAAGUUAAGAGAGUUGGAAACCAAUAAUUACUCCGGUCCAAUUGCCAUCAUGGACAGAUUGAAAGAAGCAUUACAGAGAGUACAGGAUGACGGAUGAUCUUCAUAGAAAUGCAGCAUCUUCAUUUUAGCUUUCACUUGGAAUGGUUUUACAGCUUAGAGUUUUUUCAUUGGUAUGAACAUC